AUGAAAUUAGUUUUAAGUUUAUUUAUAAUAGUUUCAAUUUUAAACGGUUGUCUCUCGACAACUAUUCCCUCUGAGCCACAAAGAAAUAUAACAUGUGAAGAACAAUGUCCUCAUGAAACACAUACCAUCUGUGUUAAUCUUGAUCAUAUAUUAAGAUGUUUUCCACAGAUCAAUCCUUUAGUAAAAGUAGAAAAACAAAUUAGAUCUCAAUGGAUGGUAAAUUUAAAAGAAUCCUUAAGCCUAUAUGAUUUCACAGUAACAAAUACCCAUCCAAUGCCAUUGUACUUCUUUGGUAUGAGAAUUAACAUCUGUGAUUCCAUUGAAUAUGACAAAAACACAGUUUCAUGGAAUUUCAAUCUGACAAGAAUCUAUGGAGAAUGUUGCCUAUUUCCAAUUGGUUGGAGCUCUGGAAAAGUUUUACUUGAACCGGGUCAAUCCUAUACCUUUGGUUUUGUAGUACCAACUUCACUCAAUAUUGAAUAUGAAUUAAAUGGUAUUAGAUUUGUGUAUGAGAAAGUUGAUAGUACACCAUCAAGAUUCCAAGGUGCUAAAUGGAUAAGAUAA